AGCUUUUCAAUUCACCUCUCUUUCGUCAAUCUGGAAGACUGGAAUCCAACAAAUUGAAGAGACGUACCAACUUCACCUUACUUCCUUCCCCGGCCUACCUUAUUUCAUUUCAUGAAAAUCUAUAAAUGCUUAAUUCCUCGAAGAAAAUAUAUAUAUAUAUAUAUAUAUAUUUAUAUAUGUAUAUGCUGUGGGUCUGUUCUUCAAUCGUAUAUGGAUACGAAUCAGACCCCAUUGCUGCUCUCUUCUUCUUCUUCUUCUUCUUCCUCUGCUCUACAGCCUCCUUCUCCUUCCGAUCAUGCAGUCAAGAGAACUGGGGGCGUGUAUACGGCGGUGGCGCAUAUAAUAACAGGGGUGAUAGGAUCAGGAGUGCUGUCGCUGGCAUGGAGCAUGGCUCAGCUAGGGUGGAUCGCCGGUCCAUCGUGCAUGCUGCUAUUUGCUCUCAUCUCCCUCGCUUCUGCAUUCCUUCUCUCCAACUGCUACAGAUCUCAAACUCAAUCUCCAUCUCCGCCCUCCCGUAACCCCUCCUAUCUCCAAGCUGUUCGCUCCUUUUUAGGAAGGAGGAGCGCGUGGUUGUGUGGCACCUUUGUACAAAUAUACUUGCUUGGGAUUGGGGUGGCAUAUACAAUUACCUCUGCCAGCAGUAUGAGAGCAAUUCAAAAAUCAAACUGUUACCAUAAAGAAGGGCACGAGGCUGCUUGCAAAUUCAAAGAAACUUAUUAUAUGCUUUUAUUUGGAGGUGUCCAAAUCGUGAUGUCUCAAAUCCCUGAUUUCCAUAACAUGGAGUGGCUCUCCAUUGUUGCUGCUAUCAUGUCUUUCUCCUAUUCCUCCAUUGGAUUCGCGCUUGGCCUCGCCAAAGUCAUAGGAGAUGGAAAAGUUAAGGGAAGCAUCACAGGGGUCCCAACUUCAACCAUGGCUCAAAAGGUGUGGCUGGUCUCGCAGGCAAUUGGAGACAUUGCUUUUGCUUAUCCAUUCCCAUUGAUUCUUCUUGAAGUACAGGACACAUUGAAGUCACCUCCGCCAGAGAACCAGAGCAUGAAGAAGGCAUCAAUGAUAGCAAUCUGCAUCACAACAGUAUUCUACCUCUGCUGUGGAGGCUUUGGGUAUGCUGCCUUUGGGAAUUCUACCCCAGGGAACCUCUUGACAGGAUUUGGGUUUUAUGAGCCAUACUGGCUCAUCGACUUCGCCAAUGCUUGCAUUGUGGUUCACUUGGUUGGAGGGUAUCAGGUAUACAGCCAACCCCAGUUUGCAGCAGUUGAGAGAUGGUCUGCCAGGAAAUUCCCAAACAGCGGAAUUGUGAAAAAUUAUUAUACGUUGAGACUCCCCUUUUUACCAGCUAUUAGAUUGAGUGUUUUCAGGCUCUGUUUCCGAUCUGUGUAUGUUGCGAUGACGACUGGGCUGGCAAUGAUGUUGCCAUACUUCAACCAGGUUUUGGGAGUGUUGGGGGCCAUGAACUUUUGGGCAUUGAGUAUAUAUUUUCCAGUGGAGAUGUACUUUGUGCAGAAAGGUAUUGCGCCUUGGACCAGAAUGUGGGUUGUUCUUCAAAUUUUUAGCAUUACCUGCUUGCUUGUCACAGUUUUCGCAUUCAUUGGGUCUGUUGAAGGGCUUAUAGCUGCAAAAUUCAGCUAACCAAGAAUCCAUGCAUAAGUACCAGUACUAUAUACUAUACAGUACUCUAUCUGCAUUGCCGAUUUAUUUGAGGGCAGAAGAGAGUUGAAGCCACACAGUUAGGUAGGGCUUUAUUGUUUUUUUUUUUUUUUUUAACCAUGUCAAGCUUCUCUGAAUUUUUAGUGGAGAGGCUAACUAGGCUUCUGUUCUGCUGAGAUUGACCCGGCAGGGGCAUAUUGAAAUAUGAAAGUCAUGAUUUUAUUCUGACAUAAA